GUUUUAAAAAUUGUCAGAUGUCCGCCAACUUUACUAUCAUUAACACUUGUGCUCAUCAUGGGCUUUAAAAAAAAAGUGAACCCAUAAAAAUUUAUAAGUAUCUCUGAUUCAUAAUUAAAAAUAAUUUGUUUUAUUAUUGAAUUAUUAUAAUUACAGGUUAAUCAAUAAUUAUUACAAUAGUUGAGGAUGUGGUAUGUAGUUUAAAUUAGUUGGGUUAUAAUAUGGAAUUGACGCGGUGAGGAAUUUGUGCAAUCAGAUUUUAUUUUUCUCAUAUCCCCACUUUAAAAUCUUUAAAAACUGUUAGUUGGAUAUGGAGUGAUGUCGUGAUGUAUGUAGCAGGUACAUGCAUGCAUACAAAUAUAUAUGUAUAUGUAUAUAUUAUAUAUAUAGAAAAAGAAAAGAGAAUGUAGUGGAGUGGAGUGUAGCGAAACUGGGCAGAAUAGUAUAGGACUCACUCUUACUGGCACAGUCGGCUCGGACGCAUCGGAACUGAUCGGAACAAGGGCUGGUUCAUAUCUGCCCAAGUAACCAUUAAUUUUUAAAAUUAAUCCAUUAAAAAACAAUAAUAAUAAUGGUACUAUAAUUAUAAAUGUUUUAUUAAAAUAUUAUUUAUUUGAUAAUUACAAAUAUUAUAUUUGUCAUACGCGGUUGGUAUGCCGUAUAAACGAGAUAGUGCAAGUAGCAUCGUUAAAUUUUGUACACGGGGUUAGCGCUCUAAAUCUUAAAGAUGACCAUAAUUGUCUUUCUCAUCGACACUUCUGCUUCAAUGAAUCAAAGGGCAUACUUAGGAGGACGCCCGACACUUCUUGACGUUGCUAAAAGCGCAGUUGAAACUUUUGUUAAGGUGAGGCAGAGGUCACCCGAAAGUCGGUGUGACAGAUAUAUGCUUUUAACAUUUGAAGAUCCUCCACAAAAUAUAAAAGCAGGAUGGAAAGAAAAUCUUGCCACGUUCAUGAAUGAGUUAAAAAACCUUCAGUGUGUUGGCUUAACUACUUUAGGUGCAGCUUUGAAACACGCAUUAGAUGUUUUAAAUAUAAAUCGUAUGCAAACAGGCAUCGACACCUACGGUCAAGGAAGAUGUCCCUUUUAUUUAGAACCUUCUGUAAUUGUGUUAAUUACAGAUGGUGGAAAAUACACGACUACUAGUGGAGUUCAACAAGAUUUCACUUUACCCAUGCACGCACCGAUUCCCGGCUCGGAAUUGACCAAAGAACCGUUUAGAUGGGACCAGAGAUUAUUUUCAUUAGUACUAAGACUCUCAGGAACACCAGCAAUUGAUAGAGACACUGGUUUAGUAGCUAGUGACGCUUCACCAAUUGAUGCAAUGUGUGAAGUUACUGGAGGACGAUCAUACUGCAUAACAUCACAUAGAAUGAUGAUGCAGUGCAUUGACUCUUUAGUACAAAAAGUCCAAUCCGGAGUUGUGAUUAAUUUUGAAAAAAUAGGCCCAGACCCACCGCCUUUAGCGAAUGAAAUAUUACCGCAACAACAGCUGACCCAGCAACAACAACCGAUGCAACCACAACCAGUAAUACAACCGGAAGAUGAAGAUAAUGAUGAUGAAAAUUCAUCAACCACAGCUAAUGGAAUAAAAUCACAGUAUUUACCUAUUCCUGUGGCAGUGGGAAAUACUGCUUGGCAUUCAUGUCGUAGACUUAUUUAUGUUCCUCGACAAGCACAGAAAGGUUUUGCCGUUGGUUUUUGGCCCAUUCCUGAAAGUUUUUGGCCAGAUUUAAAUGCAAGUUCUUUGCCUCCAAGAUCCGCUCAUCCUAAUGUUAAAUUUACUUGUACUAGUCAAGAGCCAAUGGUAAUUGAAAAUUUGCCUUUUGAUAAAUAUGAACUUGAACCAAGUCCUCUAACACAAUAUAUACUAGCUAGAAAACAACCAACAACUUGCUGGCAAGUUUUUGUGGCCAAUUCAUAUAAAUCAAGUGAAGUUGGACAUCCUUUUGGGUAUCUAAAAGCUAGCACCAAUCUUACAUGCGUCAAUCUUUUUGUCAUGCCUUAUAAUUAUCCUGUAUUAUUACCAUUACUUGAAGAACUAUUCAAAGUUCACAGAUUAAAACCGACAAGUGAAUGGAGAACGCAAUUUCAAAAUUAUUUGAGAACUAUGCCUACGUAUUAUGCAGCAUCAUUGAGAAGAGCUCUGACGAGAAUGGGGGCACCUGCACCUUUAGCUCAAACACUCAUCCCAGAUAAUUUGGAUAACUCUUUGUCUUACAGUGUACUAAAUUACUUGAAGCGUUUGAAAAAUCAAGCUAAAAUUGAGUUUGACAGAUUAUGCACCGAAGUUAUAUCCAAACAAGCUGCUAAUGCAAAUGCUAAUAAAUUUUUAGUCAAUGGAACAACGUCACCAGUGACGGAAGGAAUUAGAGUAAUUCCCCGAAGUCCGCUUAAAAAAGAUUUGGUUUCCCAUCCUUUACUUCAGGACAAGUUUAUAGGACUUCGUGAUCAAUUGAAUGAAUUUGGUGGAUUUGUCGUAGGUCUUGUGAGAAACCAGCAACAGCAGCGUGGAGCUCAUAGUUACAGAAAUGCUUUUGAUGUACCAAGAAAAAGUUUAUUGGAUCAGGUUGUACGGAUGAGAGCUAAUUUUCUUCAACCUGGAUUAAUGCAUACAAAGUUAUUAGACGAUGAUUAUGUUCAUUCAAUGCCUGUUGCACAAAUGGGCAAUUACCAAGAGUAUCUUAAACGUAUGACACCACCGUUACGUGAAAUAGAGAGUGCACCAGUACGACAACAUAUGUUUGGUAAUCCAUUCAAAAUUGACAAACGAAUGAUGGUUGAUGAAGCAGAUAUGGAUAUGGUUGGGAGUCCUUCAUCAUCAUCAGCAUCUAACUCUCCUUCAGCCGGAAAUCCAUCGAUUUUAAAUUCAGCAUCACCAUCAAAUUUACCUGGUAAUUCAUUAUCAUCAGGAGUUUUACCAUCAACAUCAAAUUCAAAAAGUCUAAAGCGUUCUUUAGACAAUAAUGGUGGAAAUAACAUAAGUCCUAUUUUAACUCGACCACCAGCGAAUAAAAGAAAACCUGGACCUAUACCUAAAGAUUUUACAGUUAGAAGACCUUCGUAUACGUCACCAACACCAUCACCUUCUACUUCGCCUUUACCUUGGACUCAAAUUGUUGAACCUAAACGAUCAACAUUUACUCCAUUAGAAGUAAAUCCACCGAAUUUAUCACCAUCAUUAAAUUCAAUAAAUCAAUCGAUUCCAAUAUUAUCUAAUUCAAUUUUACCCACAAUAACUACAAAUGAUAAAUUAACAAAUGGACUUUCGGAUAUAACAACAGCAACUUUACCUGUUUUUGAAUUUUCACCAACUGAGAUACCAGAAAAUCAUUAUGAAACACCUCCUGACUUAGUACCGAUAAUAUCAAACAACAUUCAAACAAUUAAAACUGAAGUUAAAAAUGAAAAAAUAGACAUAAUAAAAUCAGAGCCUAGUGAUUUAAUAAUUAAUGAUAUAAAUGACGAUAGUAUGAAUAGUGUUGAUAUUGAAAGUAAACAAGAAGAGAGAUUAAGUAAUCAUGUAGAUGAAAAACACGAUGUAAAAUUAGAAAAAGAUAAACCUUUGACGAAAAAAGAAUUAGAAGAUGUGAGGAAACAUAAUUUAUCAAUUAGAGAAGUGAUACAUAAAGAAGUAAGAAAAAGAGGAACGAAUUAUGCUACAUUAUUUUCUUAUAUACACCAAGUUAAAGGGACUUUAGACAUUCGAAUUGCCUUUGUGCGCGAAGUUGUGAAGGAAUCACUGCGAUUUAAACGCCGAACUUUGGCGAAACUUUUAGAAGAUUAUUUGUGCACUAUACAAGAAGAUGGUUGGGUAACGAACUGUAAAAUUAAUCACAAUGGUGCAACUAAAAUAAAUUGAAUACAUUUUUUUUUCUUUAAUUAUAUUAUAAAUGUACAGUUGUUUGCACUCCAGAGUGGUUUGUUAUUUACACAGAAACAAAACUAAAAAAUCGUGCAGAUGGUUGGUGCGGGGGAAAGGGGUCUGAGAUACAAAAAAAAAAGAGGAUAUUUUUGUAAUUUUUUUUGCAGAGUAUGUUCUUUAUUAAAAUUCUGAACAUUUGUAACAUUAUUAAGCAUCAUUUCAAGAAUUUCCUGAUUAGAUUUCAGAAGAGAAUAUUGAAAAGUAAGCCAGUGGUAGAGGGGAGAGCUGAGUUACUUAAAAAAAAAGUCUCCAUGCCGUAGGCAGGAUAGCUCAUGUCUGCUUCAUCUGAAAUUGAAAAACCAAAAAGAUUUUUUUAGUACAUAAGUUUAUUUUGGAUUUGAAUGAAGGAAUAAACAAAAUAUUCAUUUUUGAAUUUUUGGUAAAGGUGCAAUCAAAAAAUUUUGACUUUUGCCAAAAAUUUCUCCUUUUGUUUAAUUAAAAAAUAAAGAGUUAUUGAAAAAAAAAUCCUACGUUCAGAUCUAAGAUGAAUUUAUGUACGAAAGAAAUCUUUUUGUUUUUUUGAUUUCAGAUGUAGUCGUAAAUUAUCCUGCCUACGGCAUGAAGACUUUUUUAAAGUGACUUGGCUCACCCCACUACCACUUGCUUUUUUUUCGAUAUUUUUUUAUGAAAAUUUAGCAGGAUAUUCUUGAAAUGAUGCUUAAUAAUAUCGCAAAUUUUAAGAAUUUUAAUAACGACGACUCUGAAAAAAAAAUCACAAAAAAUAUCCUCUUUUUUUGUAUCUCAGACUCGUUUCCCCCCUUAAAUGUAUUGUAAAAUUUGUAUGUUAUUACUAUUAUUUUUUUUUCUGUAAUUAAAAGUCAAAUUGAAUUUAUGAGAGAUAAUUAAAUAAGUGGUAUGAUGAUAAAUAUUAAUAAGGAAAAUUUUAAAUUAUGAUGGACCAAACAAGUAUAAUAUCUUUCAUCUGUUGAUUUCUCUCAUCAGGCCAAAUAUCUCGUGUUAUUAGGAUAUUAGUAAAUUCAAUUGUUACUUUUUAUUUGAUUAUUAAUUAUCAAUGUAUGUAUUUUACAAAUUACUACUCAUAUGUAGUCAUUAUCAUCAUUAUUAUUAUUAUCAUUAUUUUUUUAAUUAAAUAUAAAAGUAGAUUGCUUUAAAAAAAAUUAUUAAAAAUAUUAUUUAGAUUAAAAAAAAUUUAACUAAAAAAUCAUUGUUAUUUCAAAAAAAUAAUGUACUUUAUUGAUAUGUUUGUUGAUCGCUUGAUUUAAAAAAAUAAAUAA